GUUUCAUUCUUCCGAGUCACUUCUGACCUCCGAAACUCUCAAUGCCACAUGACCGUAUUCAACCAUUGCUGGAUGUUCUGUCAAAGGAAUUGUACGCCGGCCACACUGAUUGGUAACGUAUGUGUAUUCCGAUCAAGGUCGGAGAAGACUCACUGAGCACAUGAAUCGGGAUAUCCUUUCUCUAUCGGGAAUUGGUCAUCAGACCGAACUGUGAUAUAAAUGCUCCGAGUCGUAGCUUGAGACUACCGAGCUAUUAGCCCAACAAGCCUCCAAAUCCACUACAGAUGUCUUACCCAACUUUCAACGCCGAAACUACUGCUGAGGAGGUCGCCACGGCUUUCACAGACCAGAUAAAGGGCAAGAAUGUGCUUAUCACUGGAACAUCUCUGAACGGGAUCGGUUUUGAGACAGCGCGCGCCAUAGCCAAAUAUGCUCAUCUCGUCAUCAUCACUGGAUACAACAAGGAACGAUUGCAGCUCACGCAGACCGAGCUGGCGAAAGAUGGACCCAGCGCCGAAAUUCGACCCCUGGUCGUGGAUCUCUCGUCUCUUGGAGAUGUCCGACGGGCUGCAGCUGAAGUCAACGCCUACGCCGAGCCUAUUCACGUCCUGAUCAACAACGCCGCUGCCGCCGUCGGCAGAUACAAGUUCACUGUGGACGGUUUCGAGAGCCAAAUGGGCACGGACCACCUCGGCCCCUUCCUCUUCACGGCCCUCAUAGCGCCGAAGAUCGUAGCCACGCACACGGCGGCAUUCACCCCGCGGGUCGUUUUCGUCUCGAGCGCCGCACACGCUUACCAGGCGUUGGAUCUAGAGAAUCUAGCCAAACCCGACCAGGAAUCGUACAUCCCGAUGAAUGCGUAUGCAAAAGCCAAGGCGGCGAACGUGCUUACCGCAGCAGAGAUCUCGCGGCGGUCCAAG